CUUAAAUUGAAGCGAACUUUAAAUGAUUGAAUUUAUUUUUCGAGCUGAAUAAAACCUAUAAAUCGAUCUAAAUAGGUUUGAUCUAAACCCGAUCCGGCCCGGCCGAUCAUCACUUCUAAAUGAAGCUAAAAUCCUACUCUUCUUUUUAUCAAUCUCAAAAUCCCAACCUGUCAAAUUUCCAAAACAAAGUUAAUCAAAUUUGUUCAUCAAUCUCAAAAUUAAAUGGGUGGGAAUUAGGAAAGGGCUCUUUGCAGUGAAGUUUGCGGUUGGUCUUCGAAAUAUUUCGACGAAGGUCAAUCAUCAGCUUCUGCUCCAUUGUGGUGAAGUCGUGGCUUCCUUUGCCUUUUUUUUUUUUUACUUGUUGGAUGUUGAUAUUAUCUACUUUUCCUUUUAUGAAUAUUAUGUUUUGGGGAUGGGUUUCGGUAAUGGAGCGGUGUAAUAUGUUUGGUUGCUGGUUUUGGGUCGAUGAUGAAGGUGAUAGGGUUUUGGGCACGGUGACGAAGGGCUAGGUUUGGUUUGGUUAGGUUUGGUUGUUGGUUCGUUUUAUUUGAUUCCUUGUGUGAAGCAUGGCUAUGGGUAUUCAAAAUAUUCCGAUGAAGAUCAAUAGUCGGCUCUUGCUCCAUCAGCUUUGUCAUGGUUAAGGGUAUUCAAAAUAUUCUGGUGAACCAUGGUUAUAGGUGUUCAAAAUUUUCCGAUGAAGAUGAAUAUUUGAAAUGUUCCUUUUGUUUUAGCUUUGUUGUUGUUUCUUGUUCUUUAUCAUUACAUUAUGGGUAUUUUGGUCUACUGUUAUGAGUUCUUGAAUCAUUUAUUUGUAUUUUGGUCUGCUUUAUGAGUUCUUGAAGAUGAAUAUUCAAAACAUUAUCAUUUCUCCUUUUCAUUAAUAAAAUUUCUCAUUGAUUGGAGGGGUGUUGUGUCCAGUUUAUUAUGGACAAUGGGGGUUUCUAGUGUUCUGUUGGUAAAAGUUGGACCUUUUCUUUUCUUUUUUUUUUGCCGAUUAAGCUGGAUUAAUUGAUUGAGAGAAAAAAAACUAACAGUAAAUUGAUAUCUAAAAGAAAAAUAGUUUUAUGUUAUUAGUUUUUCUAUGAAUUUUUUGUCUUAUAUUCUUAAAUUUUUACCAGGAAGUUUUGCAAGAAACAUAUUCGAUUUGAUGCUUCAAGGAUAUGGUUUUUCCAAAUCCUGUGUUAAAGGUUCACUUAUUUGAAAAUAUUAAGUUGUAGGUUAUCUUCAACUUAGUGGCAAUCAGGAGGGUUUUUGAUGUUCAUACUACUCGGAGAUGAAGGGUUAUGAAGUCCUUAAAUAAAAUUGAUAGCAUUUAGAAUCUCUGGUGUCACUGGGUAAGAAAACUAUCUUCGUAGAAGGCUAAUCAAGUGUGGAGAACGUUUUAGGAAACCAAAUAUUUAGAGAAAGUUGCAAAUUCCGGGGAGCAUUUAUUUUUCAUAUGACGAGGGUUAAUGGCUGAAAUUCUAUUAUUAUCCAGACUGACCCGGCGGCUCUGUCUCUGACUUGGCUGAACCGAAAGUUGAGCCUCCACCUUCAACUUUACUGGGACAGACUCCAAUACUUGCAAGUAAAGAAAGAAAAAGAAUUCCAUAAAAUGGAGAAUCCUUUAGCACAUUUUCCUCAACCCGAACUUGUUGAUCAACCUUCAGCACCGGUUCUUGCUUCUUCCAAUGUGCCGCCUUUAGCUAGCCCCUUGCCUCAUUCACUUCGUUCCAGGCCUCCUGAAUCCUUUAUGCAUAAGAAUAGGUUACAGGAGUUUACUCAACGAUCAUCCAUACAGCUUCCAGUGUAUCAAACUGUUAAUGAAGGAUCAGUGCAUGCGCCCCAGUUUCGGUCAAGUGUGUUAGUUGAUGGUGUAACAUAUACUUCUGAGACCACCUUUUCUAAUAGAAAAGCGGCCGAACAGGAUGUUGCCAAACAUGCACUGGAGUGUAUAUCAAAGAAGUUAAAGGAUGAAGGCUGUCCUCUCAUUCGUGAGGAUACAGUAUUUUGCAAGUCUAUCUUAAAUGAAUUUGUGGUGAAGAUGAAUCUAGAAUUGCCAACAUACAAUACCAUUCAGUCAGGAGGAGUGCUUCCCCUUUUUGUGUCUACUUUAGUUUUCAAUGGUGCAACUUAUAGAGGGGAAACUGGUAGAAACAAGAAGGAAGCUGAACAAUUAGCUGCACGUGUCGUCAUACAAUCACUUCUUGCCGAUGAUAGGUAUGGGACUGUUGUUUCAGAGAUCAUAAAAUCCAAAGCUAAACUUUAUGAUGCCUUGAAUAAAGCCAAGGAUUCCAGUUUUGACACUACACUUGCUGGGGCAAACAGACUGAAUCAUAACAAUACAGAGGUUGAAAAUAAUGCAGUCACUAACCAUGUUCCAAAUACUACCCACCCAAGCUCUGGAGCUAAACAUCUACGCCAUGAGUUCAAGAUUUCAAAAUCAGGAGAAGGUACUGAUUGCAUUGAUCUUCCAAUUGCUUUUGUGCCAGCAGUCAUUGGACAGGGUUCAGAUGCUGGUGAAAGUUCUUCAAAAAAGCAACGCAAGAAGAAGAAAAGGGCUAAACUGAAUACUACUUCUCAGUAAGCUUUGGUCGGUAGUUGCUGGUAGCCCAUUCAAUCAAACAACACCUUGUUCACUUGCUCUAUGAAACUUGCCCAUCGCUUGCGUGAUUUGUAGCAAAUAUUUUGUAAGGUUUGGCACUGAAAACCUUGGUCAUGGUUCUUAGAUGGUGUUUGCAAGAUAUUUAUACCAUUGUAGUAAAACGUAUGAAGUGUUUUUCCUGUCUUUUGUUAUCCUUGGGAGCAGCUGAUAAGAAGCUUUUGUUCAAGUGAGCCAAUAAUGGCCGAAGUGGAAGAAACACUACUUAUUGUUGCGGAAAGGAACUUGGUUGGUCUAUGAUUUGUGUUCCUCAUGCUCACUUUUUCUGUUGCUAAAACAACUCAUUUUUCUUGUUAUCUGAGUUUGCUUAGCCAAGUGAUGAUCUUGUAUCCGGUUGAUGUUUUGGUAUAAAUGAGAUCUUGCAGUUUGGGAGACGUGUUGAGUGCUUAAACUAAUUAGAUUUAAGUUGUACAAUUGUGAGUAGUUAAAAUGCGACCUGUAUGUAGAUAGAUAAACAAAAUUAGGUUGUAAAUGUGAAAAUGCAAAAUGUAUAUAUAUUGAGAGAAAAAAGUAAAGUGAUUUUUAAUUAAA